GCCAACAACAACUACAAGAAAGACAGCGCGCAGACAGUACGAACGACCGAGUGUUUGAUAGUUAGCGCGUCCUGUUGCUGAAAAGCUCGAUAGCGCCGGAUGUGAAGUUAUUUGAAAUGGGACUGAAUAAAAUACUCUUAAUAAAAAUUAUGACAGAAACACCGCUUAAUAUAAUGAGUUCGAUACAGUGCGUUUAAAAAAUCGGCGUUUCUCGUAUGUUAAUGAAUUGUUAUUGGUGAAAGCUCCGCGAGGUGACUGUAGCGGACAAAGUUGUUAAAAUUCCACGCGAAACAGUGCUUAGCGCUCGGCAUUAUUAGAAUUCCGUUUAUAAUAGGACCGUUUUGAAACUGCUUUUGACGUUAAUGACCUUGGCUUGUAAAAGUUGACCGAUAUCUAACUAUCGAUAAUAAUAAUAAUAAUGAUUCGGUGCACCUUUUAUUAUUAUUUUUAUAUCGCGUUAUUCGCCGCUGUGCUGACUACAACCUUUUGCCUGAAGAACGUCACAAUUUCGAAAUGUUGUGAACUAGGGCAGUCGUUGCAAAAGGAGUCGAACUAUUCCUGCGUGAGCACGAACAGGACCAGUUGGACUCCGCAAAUUUACUCACCGAGCAAACGAAAGUUUUUGACGGAGGGAACCGUUCCCCAAAACUGGAUACUGAAUCCCAGCAAAAGGCCCGAUUGCGGAGAAUUCGAAACGAAAAUCCUGUCUCUCGAAAGACAGAAAACGUAUAUCGUUUUUGAAAACGGGUCUUUAAUGCUUUUUGACGAUCUCGACAAUCUGGUGCAUCCAGAUAAAUAUUGUAUUGACUAUAAGACUGUUAUUGCGUGUUCAAUUGAGAAACAGCCGCAAGUAAAAGUUAAAAAAUGUUGCGGGGAUGGAGGCAUUUAUGUCGACAUAAAAAAAUCUUGUAAGCCCAUGAAUGGAUCUCAUUACAAAAUCAGUCUGAACGAGGACUUCAAGUUGGUAUCGGGGUUUCCGGACUGCGACAAGCACAUGAUUAUUGCUGGGAAGUUAAAGGACGCGGAAAUAUUUAGUAACGGAAGCCUAUUGUUAAAGGAUGUCAAUGUUCUUCUACCCAGUAAACACUUCUGUUUGGAGCACGUCUUGGAAAAUGCAGGACCGUCCCCCAGCAUUUUCACCUGUCCCAGCCUUCUUCCGCCGCCUCCGAAUAGAGUAGUGUCAGAUGACAGUUCAGAUCUCAGAUUUACCUUGUACCCCAUAGGAUUAGCCUUAAGUGCCGUAUUUUUGGCAGCAACUCUUGCAGCUGGUUCACUUUUACCAGCUAGUCAUCAUGUACUUCAUUGGAGGUGUCAAACUAAUCACGUCGCCUGUCUUCUAGUCGGAUAUGUACUCCUUUGUAUCACACAACUUGGAGGCAAAAGCAUCAGUUCUGCCCCAUGUUUCGCUAUCGCCGUAGCCAUGCACUUCCUGUUCCUUUCGGCAUUUUUCUGGCUUAACACCAUGUGCUUCAACAUCUGGUGGACUUUUAGGUGA